AUGAAGAAACGGGCCGACCUGCAAAAGAAAUUACAAUCUCUUUUGUGCACGGCCAGCGAGAACCGAAUGUCCACGAAGGUUGUUAAUCUUUCAAAAAGGGACCUAUCUUCUACUGAAAUAAGUCUCCUGUCUAAGGGAAUAAGAUUCAGUCACACCGAUGCUGCACCUACGGACUUCCUAGCCAGCCUUGAAUCCCUCCUUCUGACCUCAGACGUCCCUGACGACAUGUGUGCGGACAUUCGCAGUUGCGCCACUGGUCUCCUUCGACAGAGGAAACAUCACCAAACCCUACCGACCGAAGAGAAAAAGGCGUUGCGAUCGCUAAAGACAGAUGACAAAAUAGGUAUUAUGUCUGCUGACAAAGGAGGAGCAACCGUUAUCAUGGACAAGGUUGACUACGUCAACAAGGCAAACCAAAUCUUCGAUGACAGGGAAGCCUAUGCACCACUUGCUGCAGAUCCAGCGAAAAAGCAAGCCGCGACUAUCAAGAAGAAAGUGAAUGAGCUUGCCCGAUUGAAGCUCAUAAGCCCCGAUGUCAGCAGAUCUAUGACCCUCAAUGACCCCCGUAUCGCACGUGCGUACGGCCUUCCAAAGGUGCACAAGAAAGUUGCGUCGCUGAGGAUCAUUGUGCCACUUAUUGGGUCCCCUACUUACAGCCUCACCAAAUGGUUAUACAGACACUUAAAUCACUUCACUAAUGGGUCGCAAUACAGCAUCAAAGAUUCUCAGGCUUUCCUCCAAAAGAUCCAACGCCCUGAAGUAAGUCCUGACGAAUGCAUCCUAUUGUUCAAUGUUUUUGCGGUUUUCUUCAAAACCGCAUGAAUUGGCAAUCGAUAGCCUCAAGAAUUAUUGCCAGUUAGAUGACAAGUAUUAUCAGCAAGUAAAAGGCACCCCAAUGGGCUCCCCAAUAUCGGGGCUGCUUGCAGAACUAGUCUUGCAGCGACUAUAACAGGAUGUUGUGCACACCUUCGAACCGAAAAUGUGGCUCCGCUACGUAGAGGACACAUUGGUCAUCAUAAAGAUCAGCGAAGUUAAGCCAUUGCAGUAGAACUUAAAUUGCGUCUUCAUGGCUUUACAGUUCACUCGCAAAAAGGCAACAAAAGAUAACCUCCCGUCCUUAGAUUUGAGUAUACAAAGACUUAGUUAUGGCAAACUAGCAACAAGCGUCCACCGAAAAGACUCAUGUGCCGAAAUCAUCCCUAACUAUGGUAACAAUCAUCUUGGGGCUCAUAAACGAAGCUGUGUCCGCACUCUUUUCCAUCGGGCCUAUCAUAUCUGCAGGUGAUAGCUUACUUAAGAAUUGGCCUAAUUACAUCAGUUAUUCCGCUCCAACGGCCAAUUUUGUAGCAAAUUGUCUCAGGCACCAGAGACAACCACCAAGCCCCGCGUCUAAUGUAGGUAGUCUCACAAAAAUUCUAUUCACUGUCGUACGUUCAAGGACUUUCUGAAACACUCCCGGCAAUUAAAACGCUUUGGCAUCUCCAUUGCCCACAAGCCCGCAUCUUUCCUACGCGAGGCAUUAUGACAAGUAAAGGACUCGGUGCCUAAAGAACAGCUAACUAACGUCAUCUACCACAUCCCGUGCGCCAAGUGCCCUUGUGUUUAUAUUGGACAUACAGACCGAUGACUUGGGAAUCGCAUUAACGAGCACAAGUUAGCCCUCCACCGACGUGAAUCUUUGUCUCUCGUGUUUGUACACGCCCCUGGAUAUGGCCACCGCUUUAUUUGAGACGGUAGUGAAGUGAUCGCAACGGCUAAGACCAGACAGGAGCGAGAACUCCCCGAAGCUUAGCACUCUGGCACGACCAGCAUCAACCACCACGUCGAUCUAGACGCUCACUACGAGGGUUUACGUACACGCUCACUGUCUUGUUCUCACACCAUAACAACUGCUAACCCCCCACUCGGCCACAUAUAAGUAUUCAGUCUUGACAUUCCCUCUCCCUUGCGACACGGUGAACAACAACCGAAACCCCUAACACCAACGCCGGAGCAUUGCCCCCUGACCUCAGCCCGCAUCAACGACCAACCGCCCGCAUUCCCACUGAUCCGCAAUUCUCUCGCUCUUUCUCCACCUCCAACACAGGGAGCCCUAACGGUUCUCCCUUCCCUUCCCUCGCCCCAAAGCUUACCAUAA